AUGUUUGUCCCAGGAGCUGUGGCGGCACUUGCGGCAUUGGCUAUAGGAGUUCAGGCCAGGGGACCCUUUCUCCAGACAGUGAACGAUACAACCCAUGUAAUCGGGAACGACCUGUGGAAUGUCACCAUUGGAUUGCAGUACGGAGUCAAGCUUUACUACAAGAAUAAAGAUCUUGUGGCAAACGCUGUCGGACAUUACGUGUCGUACAACGGAGCGGCUUCUGACCUAAAAUGGACGUCGGUCGAAGUCUACAAAAAGACUCGCGAGUACCUGGAUGUCAAGUUCACGGCUGCGGAAGGCGACUUCCACUGGGUGAUUUUCGAGGACCUGGCCGGAGCAUACCAGUAUUUUGUAAACCAUGCGCUCCCUACCUUGGGUGAAUUCCGAACCCUCUGGCGCCUGGACAAUACGACCUUCCCCAACGGCCGCACGAACAUCAAGGACGCACCGCUCCCGCCACUUUCGGCGAUCCUUUCCUCGACCAAGGUGCAGGAUGAGACCUGGCAACUCGCGGACGGAACUUAUAUUACCAAGUACGAUUUUGCGGCGUGGGUGAGGGAUCAGGAUUAUUACGGUGUUUACGGCGACGAAUUCGGGUCCUGGUAUAUCAACCCCGGCAAGGAUUACUAUAAUGGUAACCAUGUAAAGCAGGAGUUGAUGGUACAUCGAGAAAGCUCCUCGGGGGAUGCAGUUCAGCUGAACAUGCUUCAUGGAACCCAUUUCCAGGUCUCUUCUGCCGAUGUGUUUCCCGAUGGGAAACUAUGGGGUCCAUGGUUGUGGUAUUUGAAUGAUGGAUCUAAGUCUGAUGCUGCCGCACGCGCCAGAAAAGAAUUUAGUAGCUGGCCGUAUAAAUGGUUGGACGACGAGACAUAUCAAACUCGGGGUUCUGUCUCCGGCCAACUGGUUCUGUCCGAUGGACGCACGGCGGCGGGCGCAUCCGUAUUCCUGGGCGACAACCACCCAAACCAGACAUCGUUGGACAUGGGAAGGGACUACUAUUAUACCACGCAAGCCGACAGUCGCGGUCGGUUCACUUUCCAGAACGUGCGGGCAGGCGACUAUGGUUUGCAAGCGUGGUCCGACGGUGGUCAGAUUGCCGAUGUCUCGACGACACUGCUUGAGAACGACGUUACAGUGAAGAAAGGCCAACGCACGCAACUUGGCAAAGUGAGCUGGACUAUCUCGCCCCGGCAAAAGAUUUUCCAACUCGGUGACUUUGAUCGCAAGUCUCUUGGGUUUCAAUACGGCGGUGCGCCCCAUCAGCAUGCGCUGGUGGACAAUUGCCCAGCCAACUUGACAUACACCGUUGGAACGAACAAGACUUCCGACUGGUGCUUUGGCCAGGCCUCGGCAGGCACAUGGUCCAUUCGCUUUUUAGUGGAUGAGACGACAGCAGGGACCGCUGGGAUUCUGACCGUCUCCUUGGCCGGGUAUUCCAGCGGAACCACAUCGCGGAUUCUACUGAAUGGUGAUAGUGAUCGCCCGAUUGGGAAUUUGACCACACUUCCUAAUGACCCAUGUUUAUACCGGUCUGCAACAACUGCAGGAGAAUGGAGAAUCUUGGAAUUUGAUAUUCCACAGGGCCGCCUUCAAGAGGGAUGGAAUACGGUUGAUGUUCAGGUAAUAAAAUCCUCCAGAUGGCAUGGGUUCAUGUGGGAUAGUAUAAUCCUGGAGAAAGCCUAAGCGGGUGUCCAAUCCAACUCCCUACAGUGUGUUUAUUUAUCAUCUAUGAAAUACUGAGCAUACCUUGAG